GAGAUGCUAAUUCUUGAUUUUAGUACAUUUCGAUUCAUCCAUGUAUCUACCUACUUCUGUGCAAUCACACAGUAAUACCGUAAAUUCCUUGAAAAUUAUAAUGAAAAUUUCCUUGGUUGAUCGUUCCCCGCCCACCUUUUACUUUACAGUUCGUUCCAUAGUCCCACUAUGACGGUAGCCAAUCCGAGGCUAUAAUGCAGAGAACACGAGACAAAAGAAGUGACAGAAAAACAUAGAGGGAGAGAGGGAGAGGGAGAGAGAGAAAGGGCCGAGUGUUCGUGAGGGCGUGCGAGCACUGCGGAUAAAAUGGGGUGAAGACGAAGAAGAGUAGGCAGCUGGGGAUUACAGUUGUAGCUGCUGGUCACAACCCCGUCACCAGUUCUCUGUUUGUCUUCUUUUAAUCUGUGGUUUUGAUGCAUAAUCUUUUGUGGGCUUUGGGAGAUCGAGGUAACCGUCCCUGAUUAGUGAUUUGGAAACUUUUCAAGCAAGGAUUUGCAAAUGCCCCGCAGUUAGUGGACUGUUGUUAAACUGAGAGCAGGUAGCCUGCAUUUUAGUGGAGGUGUUUCGAGUGGUUUGGUCAUUGGUGGCACUUUUGAAAUAGCUGAUUCAAGGUGUUGCAAAGCCUUUUACAGAAUUUGAUUGGCGUGGGAAUCCAUCAAAAUUUUAUUCUGGCCUGGAUCCAUUACCUGAGUUUUUAUCACUGGUACAAGGACCAGGCUUUUGCAAGGUCUAAACCAGCUCUAUUUUUGUUCAUUGCUGGAGUCAUGGCAGCCUUAUUACAGCCAGAGUCAAGGCGUUUGUACUCUUGGUGGUGGGACAGCCACAUUAGCCCAAAGAAUUCAAAAUGGCUUCAGGAAAAUCUUACAGAUAUGGAUAUCAAAGUCAAAGCAAUGAUCAAGCUAAUUGAAGAAGAUGCUGAUUCUUUUGCAAGAAGAGCAGAAAUGUACUACAAAAAACGACCAGAGCUCAUGAAACUGGUUGAGGAGUUCUAUCGAGCUUAUCGUGCAUUAGCUGAGAGGUAUGAUCAUGCAACUGUGGAGCUUCGCCAUGCCCAUAAAACCAUGGCAGAAGCAUUUCCCAACCAAGUACCUUAUGUAAUGGCUGAAUAUUCACCAUCUGGUUCUUCAGCCCCUGGAGUUGAACCUCACACUCCUGAAAUGCCACAUCCUAUGCGGGCAUUGUUUGACCCGGAGGACUUGCAUAAGGAUGCAUUGGGGCUUUCAUCAUCAAAUUUACUUGCUGUCAAAGGGAAUGAGACUUUUGCAGAAGAAUCUGAUCAUGGAAUAAGCAAAAAGGGUUUGAAGCAGCUCAAUGAGAUGUUUGGGUCAGGAGAAGUGGUGCCACCAAAUUUGAAGUCCGCAGAAGAAAGGAUAAAGGAAGUUCUGAGUGUUCAUGAAGUGGAAGAGAAAGAGCAGAGCUUGCAAGAUGGAUUCUCCCAGUUAUCAAAUGAGAACCAGAAUCUCAAGACUCAAGUCCUUUCUGAGUCUGAGCGUGCAGCUAAAGCUGAAGCUGUUGUUCAAACCUUAAAGGAAGCCCUUGCAGAGAUAAAAGCUGAAAAGAAAAUUGUCCUCCUUCAAUACCAGCAGAAUUUGGAGAGGUUAUCUAGUCUGGAGAAAGAACUAAAUCGUGCACAAAGUGAUGCCAGAGGACUAGAUGAACGAGCAAAUAAAGCUGAAACUGAAGUUAAAACAUUGAAGGAAACCCAAAUAAAAUUAGAAGAUGGGAGAGAUGCUGGGCUUCUCCAAUACAGGCAGUGCUUGGAAAGAAUUUCUAGUCUGGUGACCACACUCUCUCUUGCUCAGAAGGAUGCAAGUGGACUUAAUGAGCAAGCUAUUAAAGCAGAAGCUGAAGUUCAGAAUCUGAAGCUUCAACUUUCUAGGUUAGAAGCUGAAAGGGACGCGAGUCUUCUUCAAUACAAUCAGUGUAAGGAGAAGAUAUCUGCUUUGGAGGAUAAGAUAUUGCUUGCUGAGGAGGCCGCCCGAUUGCUUAAUGAACGAACUAACAGGGCUGAAACUGAAGUUGAAUUAUUGAAGCAAGCUCUUGUUGCAUCAAAAGAAGAGAAAGAAGCCAUGGCUGUCCAGUACAAGCAGUGCUUGGAAACAAUAUCUAAGCUGGAGAGUGAAAUUUCUAAUGCGCAGGAGGAUGCCAAACGACUUAAUGUUGAGCUUCUAAUAGGGAUGACAAAAUUAAAGAAUGCUGAAGAACACCGUGUUAAAUUGGAGAAAUCAAAUCAUUCUCUGCAGUUAGAGGCAAACAAUCUAGCGCAGAAGAUGGCGGUGAAAGAUCAAGAACUUUUAAAGACGCAUGAGGAGUUGGAGAAACUUCAUAUUUCUGUACAAAAUGAGCACUCAUGUUUUCUGCAAGUUGAAGCUACACUCCAAAGUUUGCAGAAUUUGCACUCUCAAUCUCAAGAAGAGCACAGAACAUUGGCACUAGAAGUGAAAAAUGGGCUUCAAAUAUUGAAGGACUUGGAGACGUGCACACAGGACUUGGAGGAAGAUAUCCAGCAAAUUAACAAAGAAAACCAGAGCCUGAAUGAAAUGAACUUAUCUUCCACCAUGUUAAUAAAGAAUCUGCAAGAUGAAACCACUAACUUGAGGAAGAUGAAAGAGAAACUUGAAGAAGAGAUUGUGUUACAAGUGGACCAAAUUAGGGCACUCAAUAAAGACGUCCACCAUCUGAAAGAAGAAAUUGAGGGCUUUGACAGGAGAUACCAGGCCUUAUUGGAUCAAGUAGAAUCAGUUGGUUUGAGUCCUGAACACCUUGUUUCAUCUGUGAAGGCCUUGCAGGAUGAGAACUUAAAGCUAAAAGAUAUCUGCAACAAAGACAAGGAUGAGAAAGAAGCUCUUUCCAAGAAAUUGGAAAACAUGGGGAAACUGAUGGAGGAGAAUGCUGCUCUGGAGGGCUCCCUGUCAGAUAUCAAAGGUGAGCUGGAAGAAGCAAGAGGGAAGGUCAAUUCAUUGCAGGAGUCUUACCAGAUUCUACUUGGAGAAAAAUCCAUUCUUGUUGCUGAAAAAGCUGCCCUUUUUUCUCAGUUACAUAUUAUUACUGAGAAUAUGCAGAAUCUCCUGGAGAAAAAUUCUUGGCUGGAAAAUUCUCUUUCUGCUGCAAAUGUUGAACUUCAAGGUUUGAGGACAAAAUCAAAAGGCUUAGAAGAAUCCUACCAGUUACUCUACAAUGAGAAAUCCAAUCUUCUAACUGAAAGAGACACACUGAUCUCUCAGUUGGAAAAUGUAGAACAAAGAUUAGGAAACCUCGAAAAAAGGUUUACAGAAUUGGAAGAAAGAUAUGCUGGUCUAGAAAAGGAGAAAGAACUCACAGUUCAUGAGGUUGAAAAACUACAGGUUUCCCUUUGUGUAGAAAAACAAGAGCGUGCCAGUUUUAUGCUGUCAAGUGAGGCCCGAUUGGUAGCACUGGAAAACCAUAUCCAUCUUUUGCAAGAAGAAGGUAGGUGGAGGAGAAAAGAAUUUGAAGAAGAACUAGAUAAAGCUGUGAAUGCUCAGGUUGAAAUCUUUAUCUUGCAGAACUUUAUUCAGGAUAUGGAAGAAAAGAACUUCUCUCUGUUGAACGAGUGUCGGAAACACUUUGAGGCAUCAAAAUUUUCAGAAAAGCUGAUUUCAGAGUUGGAGCGUGAAAAUCUUGAACAACAGGUGGAAUUGGAAUUCUUGUUGGAUGAAAUUGAAAAGCUGAAGGUAGGGAUGCAUAAAAUAUUUAGGGCUCUUCACACUAAUUCAAAAGAUGGGCAUGAAGGCGAGAUUGAACAAGAACAAACACCUAUGCCACAUAUUAUGAGAAAUAUUGAGCACAUGAAAAGCUCUCUUUUGAGAAUUGAGGAUGAGAAACAGCAGCUGCUGGUGGAGAAGUCUGUUCUAUUUACUCUAAUUGGAGACCUGAGAUUUGAGAGCACAGAACUUGAGUCAGAGAUGAAAGUCAUCGAUGAAGAAUUCAGGAGUAUGAAAGAGCAGUUUGAAAUGCUGCAAAAUGAGAAACACACACUGCAAGAGAUGACUGUGCGGUGGAGAUUGGAAAGUAGCCAGCGAGAUCAACGAGAAGAAGGGCUGAAGGGUGAAAUAGAAGGUCUACGUCAGAAGCUGAUGGAUUUGCAAGGGGAUUACAUUAGAUUACAGAAUGAGAAUUCCAAGGCAAAUGUAGACAAGAUGUCUUUGUCGAAGGACAUUUUAGAUCUGAAGGAGGACAAAUGCUCGCUCGAAGAGGAAAACAGUAAUCUUCUCCAGGAAGCUCUCUCUUUUGGUAACCUUUCUUUGAUUUGCAAAUGCUAUGGGACUGAGAAAGUGGUAGAGCUAGAAGCUCUUGCUGAAGAUCUCAACAAUCUCCAUGGAAUUAGCAGUGAUCUAAGGAAUGAGGUUGCAAUUUUAGGGAAGAAGUUGGAGAUGAAAGAAAUGGAAAAUUUACAUCUUAAGGAGUCCGUUGAUAAGUUGGAUAAGGAACUCUAUGAAUUCCGAGAUUUAAAUAAUGAGCUGAAUCAUCAAAUUUCAGUUGGAAAGGACUUCAUGUGCCAUAAGGAAAGAAAGCUUUCAGAGGUAGAAAAAAAGCUCCAAGAUACAUGCAACUUGAAUGCAGAAUUAUCUAGAACUGUUGACGGACUGAAGUGGGAAUGUGGAGAGUUGAAAUUGGUGAGAGAAAAUUUAGAGAAGCAGAUUCUUGAACUCUCUGAACAUAGCUCAAAUCAGAACAAUGAAAUUGAAAGCCUUCAUAAAGUGAAUAGAAACUUGGAGUCUGAAAUAGGUAUAUUACAUAAGGAAAUUGAAGAAUGUAGAAUCAGGGAACAGAACUUGAGUUCAGAGCUGCUAGGAAGAAGCAAUGAAUUUGAACUGUGGGAGGCUGAGGCUGCAACAUUUUAUUUUGAUCUUCAAAUCUCUACCGUGCGUGAAGUUCUGUUUGAAAAUAAGGUUCAUGAGCUUGCUGGUGUCUGUGAGACUCUAGAAGAUGAAAGUGCUUCAAAAAGUGUGGAGAUCGAGCAGAUGAAAGAAAGAGUUAGCCUCUUGGAAGGUGAAAUUGGAGGAUUGAAAACCCAGUUAUCUGCAUAUGUUCCUGUCAUUUAUUCUCUGAGAGAUGAUAUAGCAUCCCUCGAACACAAUGUCCUUACCAAGACAAAGCCCAAUACAGCUGUCCUUCAGGAAUCAGAGGAUGUGGAACUGGUGGUUGAUUCUCAUCAACGAAGCUGUGAAGCUCACAAAGAUCAAACUCAUACGUUAUCAGAUGGAAUUUCACAUUUGCAGAAAAUGCAGAUUAGGAUUAAAGCAAUUGAGAAGGCAAUUGUGGAAGAAAUGGGAAGGCUUGUAAUGCAGGAAACUUUAAACACAGACAUCGAACUGGAAACUGCACUUAAAGAGACCGGAGAGUUGAAUUCUAAGAACACACUACAUCAACAAAAAGGCAGCCAAAACAAGAGGAUCAUGCCUGGGGUUGAGCUCAGUGGUGACUCACAGAAGAAAGAACCUGGAAGAAAUGGAAUUCUGAUGAAAGAUAUUCCGCUUGAUCAGGUCUCAGAUUGUUCUUUCCAUGGGAUAAGCAGGAAAGGUACAGGUGGGGCUGAUGAUCCGAUGCUGGAGUUAUGGGAAACUGCUGAGCAGGACUACAUCCUUGAUCCAUUAGUGCACAAGACACAAAAGCCAGUGUCUACAAUGGUGGAUAAUGAUAUUGUUUGCCAUCAGUCUGAACAUAUGGAACAGGAGAACAAGAAUGCCUCUUCAGAAUUACAGAUUGAGAAGGAGCUUAGCAUUGACAAGAUAGAGGUAUCCAGUAGCAUUGCAUCGUCAAAUCGAGAUGGAAACAAGCAAACUAUCUUGGAUAGACUUGCUUCUGAUGCUCAGAAAUUGCAGAGUCUUCAAAUGAUGGUGCAAGAUUUGAAAAGGAAAAUAGAGGUAAACAAGAAGAGCAAAAAAAAGACUAAGGAUGUUGAAUAUGAAACGAUAAAGGAGCAGUUGGAAGAAGCCGAGGAGGCUGUUGUGCAGCUUGGGGAUAUCAAUUGUCAAUUAACAAAGAAUAUGGAAGAGAGUCCUUCACCCACGAAUGAAAUGGAAUCAGCAGAUCUGGAAGAGGUUGAGAACACCCACAUGAAGAGAAUAUCUGAACAGGCACGGAAAGGGUCUGAGAAGAUUGGACGAUUGCAGUUGGAGGUUCAGAAAAUCCAGUAUGUUUUGCUUAAACUAGAGGAUGAAAAGAAAAGCAAAGUGAUAAAUAGAUUUUCUGAAGGCAGAACAAGCAUUCUCCUCAGGGAAUUUGUUCAUGGCAGAGGAAGCAAUGGAAGGCGAAAGAAGGCCUGCUUUUGUGGGUGUUUGAGACCAUCAUCCGGUGAACAGUGUCACUGAAGGGUAUAGUUUAAUUGUCUAUCUAGGUCUAUUUUCUUGGAAUGUUGUUUGUGUUGUGUUAUAGAGACUGUUUCUUGGAUUAUUUUGAAGAAACAAGUCUCCCUACUACUUCAGACAGAACUGUAGGUAGGCCUGAAUCUAGUCUAAUAAGCCCUUGAAUUGGCAUUUUUAGCUUUUAGUUGUGUCAGCUGUGUCAAUAUUCUUUAGGGAACUCAAUGCAGCACAAAGUUUUUUUUUACAUUUUUGGCCUGCAUCUCUACUUGUGUAUAUGCUGCACUGCUGGCCAUCCAGCAGAAGUUUCAGGGAUCAAGAUAUUGGCACAUGCUAACACCUUUCUUGCCUCCUAUUCAAUAAAAUUGCUUCUGUCAAUGUUUUUCC